AAAUAGCUUGCGGGCACCGCUCCACAACCAACCGUCGCUUUCGCGUGACGGCGACGUCUCGGUAGAAAACAAAGGAAGAAUUCCCGUUAUUUAUGGCACGUUUAAAUGCCAGAGGCAGACGCUGCAAAUAUAGCCAAGGUCGGUGGCGACUGCGCCGAUCGAUUGUUCUGUAGGCAUGUUGCGCUCUUGAGUGGGUGUGCUUCGCUUCACUCUCUCGCUUCGCGGUGUACGGUCGAGCCGUUAGGGUUGCUCAGGAAUCCUUUGUUAAAAUACUUGUCAUUGAUCAGAAGUACAACCGAUGGAAUCCUCAAUGAUUUCGAAUCACACAAGGAAAGACUCUGAGGAUACUACAAUAGAGUUUGGUAAAGCAACAAACUCUAUUAACAUUGGCAUCUCACCAGUCAAAAUUGCACAUGUCGAGCGGCAGAGCUCAACAGAAAGUGAGGAGUCCUCUGAGUCUAGUGAUGAAGUUCGGGCAAUUACUGAAAGAAGUCGACCUAUUAUAAGAUCUGCAACUCCUAGAAGAUCUGCUUCUCCCAUGCGACGAGUACAAAUAGGAAGAUCUGGAUCUCGCAGGUCUACUGCACUGACUAUUAAGAGUCUCAAUUACUUUCCUACGAGGGAAAGAAUUGCAUCCAACAGGGAUGAAGAUGAAAACAGCAGCAGGGAUGAAAUGACAGAGCAGCCAACUAAGAAACCUGAGAACACGGUAAGAAGGAUGAGUGUCCAAGAGGCAAUUAAUCUCUUUGAAAGCAAACAGAAAGAUCAAAAUUUGGAUGUCCAGAAAAGAAGAGCUUUAGGAGAAGUCUCCAGUAGUACCAAUAAAGCUGUCUUAAGAAGAUGGAGUGCUGGAAUGAGUGAAUCUCUAACUCGUUCUCAGGAAAAUGCUUCCGAGUCCACAUCACAAGACACUAGUGCCAAUUUGGUUCUUGGGGUUGGAGAUAAUAAAUUGACUGAUGUGAAGGUGGAGUCUGAUAUUCCUUCAGGUAAUUUUAGUGCAACUGAAUCUGACAUUGUUCAGAUUGUUAAAUCUCCACACUUAGAGAAGGAUAGUUCUCCUGGGCUAGUAAUAUCUGGAGCUCAAGAAACUGAUGACAGAGCAGCUGCCUCGGCUGAGUGGAGUAGAAGGAAAGAAGAGGAGCUUAAUCAAAUGCUAAUGAAUAUGAUGGAGAGAAGGCCUGGCAAUUACCGAGGCACUAAUGGUGGUUGUGGUGGAUCUCUGUCUGUCUCGAAUGAGCAUAGAGGCGAUUUUUAUAGUCAGUAUAAGGAGAAAAGGGAUGAGAAACUUAGAGCAGAAAACGUCAAUAAGCAUCCGGUGAUGGAAACACAACUUAAGGUGUUUCAAGAAACCCUUAAACAAAGCAAAGCAGAUAUGGUCUCAAAAUCUGGAGUCUCUACCAGAAAACUUGACUGGUCCGGUAAUUCCCAACAACCCCGAAGAAAUUCAUCUCCACCGGUGUUACACAAGAAAGAAGAUUCAAAAGCAACAGCAACCAGAAAAUCUUUGCCAAACACAUCAUCUUUGCCAACUACACAUGCUUCAUGGUCAUCUGGAACUUCCCUGAAGGCAAGUGGAGUCCAACAAGCUAAAACUUCUCCUAGAGUGACUUCUGCUAAUGCCAAUCUGAGCCGCCGGAAGUCACAGCCCACAGCUUCUCCGACCCCACCAAGCUCCAAAACUGAAAGGAUAUUACAUCAACCAAAAGGUAAGUUGGAAGCCAAAACUGAUGUCAAGCCAACUUUAGUAGUUCAAGGAGAAAAGAAGCAGAAAACAACACCAAGAACCCACAAAACUCUGAAAGCCAAUGCUCCAUUACCUCCUGAAGAUGAUUCUGGUACAGCGACAGCAAAGCCAAGUUUCUACAACAAGGUCACGAAGAAGAGUAGUGUUGUUCCUUUGGAGGCUAAACCGUUCUUGAAAAAAGGCACUAGGACUAGGCCUGGUGUUGGUCCCAUGAUAACGAAGACCAAAGUUGCUCAGUCUGAUGCUUCAUCAAAGAUAAGUGACACUAUUAAUCAAGCUGAAGUAAAGGAGCCUAUACUUAAGAUCACUGAAUCAACUGCUAAGGUAGUGGAGGUUGACCUUUCUCAACAAGCAAAUGAUGUUGAUGCAGAUUUAGAUACUUUGCAACAUAAUGAUUUAAGUGUUGGAAAAGCAGAAACUCUAGAUCAAAGUUUAGCUGAAGUGGAUAAUGGCUUGAAAAACUCUGUAGAACCUCCUGUUGCUGAGAUCCAACCUGAUGAGAGUAUAGGCAUCUCAUCAGCUGCUUGGGUGGAAGUGGAAUGUGAGGAGGUUUCCACUGGAAAUGGCACUAUUUUAUCUGAAGCCUCUGUCUCCACCAUGUUUGCACCACUGCCACUAUCAAGCCCACGUGUCCGACAUUCAUUAUCCCAAAUGCUUCAAGCUGAUAGCAACGAACCAGAGGUCAUCGAGUGGGGAAAUGCUGAGAACCCUCCUGCAAUGAUCUAUCACAAAGAUGCACCCAAAGGAUUGAAAAGGCUAUUGAAGUUUGGUCGUAAGAGUAAGGGAGAGGCAAAUGUGACUGGUUGGGCCAGCCCAUCUGUCUUCUCGGAAGGAGACGAUGAUACAGAAUAUUCCAAGAAUUUGGAUACGAUGAGAAAAACUGCCCUUCAACCCAAAAGCUAUGACCAGCAGAAAACCAUGCCUGAUGAAAGCUUGUGUGAUGGAAAUUCAAGUAAGAGGGCAGUUGAGUAUCAUGGAGUUCAUGAUGUCUUAUCAGGUUCUGACAAGUUUCAGGAAUGCCAUGUUUCAUCAGCAGCUACCUCGACUAAGGCAACCAGGUCAUUCUUCUCUCUCUCGACAUUUAGGAGCAACAAAUCAGGUGAAACAAAGUCUCGAUAGUUCACAAAGCUACCAGUGAUAUAGCACCUGUCAGUGUCUCGCCCUGUUCAACCACAGAGAGGCCAGCUUUGGUUCAAGGAAUACAUAUGCACAUUCACCUAUGAUAAGGAGGGUCAAUGUUGUUUUGUUGUGUCUUUUCCUCUCUUCUUUAGUGUUUUCAUCUUCCAGGUAGGUGAUAUUGUGCAUAUGAACAAUCUUAGAGCAGAAUUAAUAUGCUCAGGAUUAAUGUGACUAAUGUAAUGUCUUGUUGCAACAAACUCUUAUAUUGUAUAUCUCUGGAUAUUUGCCUCUGCCUGAUCAAUGAACAGCUGAAAUUGUUGAAA